GUCCCCGGGUGGCUGGCGGAAGGAUGGCUGCCAGAGCUGCCGUGGUGGGUGCGCGGUCCCUGGAGCCCCUUGAUUUUGGCAGUACUGCUGAUAUUAUUAAACUAAUACCUAAGGAUCUAUUUGCUGAGCUAUGUGAGCGAAUUAUUCAGCAUCUUCACUGUCAGAUCCCAGGUGUAAAUACAGUAGAACUAUGCCAGAGAUUUCAAACAGCUGGAGUUGAAAUGAAUGUUGCUGACCUGGCAAAGAUAAUUAAUGUUGUUUCCUUUUUGUUUGGCACAGCGGCCAAAAACAACCUGUCUGCAGAAGAACUCUCCACUGGUCUGGGUAAUGCACUCAGUAUGCUGCCAAAACAUGCCGUUCAGGUUAUUCGCCAUAUAUGGAAUGAACAGGGUAAAUCUAUCAUUAUGUCAGAAGAUGCUAGAAAUAUGGCAACAGUGGGACAGAUUAUAGAUAUUCAGUGGAAACUGGGAAUGGCAGUGAGCUCUGACAGCUGUAGGUCUCUUAAGUACCCUUAUGUUACAAUGAUGCUAAAAGUGGCAGAGCCUUCGGGCCAGAUAAUGAGCAAGUCUUUUGAAAUGACAAUCCCACAGUUCCAGGACUUCUUCAGACAUUUCAAGGAAAUGGCAGCUGUUCUUGAAACAGUUUAAAUACUUCAAAGACACACUUUACUUGAUCCAAAUAAGCCUUCCUAUCUUGCACAAGUAAUUGUGUCAAUGUUUAAGGAAGGUAUGUAUUCUCAUGGUCUUGUCAGAAUAUUUUCCAAUAGCUUCCUUUUUUUUGGAUCACACUGAAAGCUUUUUUUAUGUAACUUUUCUUCUAAAUAUAUGAAAGAACAAACUCUUGCAAGGUGGCAAUCUGAGUAAAAGUGUAUUUAGCUCUAUUCAGGCAGAAUAUUGUGCUACGUAGCUAAGGACAUGUCACAACCUCAGACUUUUCCUACUGUUCAACAGCGGAAGCUACGUACUGUAUAUAAACUCUGCAAUGUGGAAACACCCAUGAAAAUGCUAACUGAGGAAACUACUGGAAGAAGUGUAAACCCCAUGUUUACACUUUUCUCUAUAAAAUCAUGCCAUUGAUGUGCACAUGGAAUCAAUUAUAUCAUUAGCUAUGUAGAGUACAUAAAAUUACAGUCAGCAAACAUAUUGUUAGCCAUGAAGAAUAGUGUUGUCACCGAAUUGAUAAAUUCCAGUUAUAUCAAGUAGGUUGGAAGCCUAAUAUUUACUCCCUUUUGUUAAUUAUUGGAGACAUCUUCCAUCAUUCUAUUUAAUAAAUGAUUGUUACUUCAGUGUAAGAUUAGUAUCACUGAAAUAUUUCCAUAAAUCUGGAUUUACCAUCUCGUAUUGCAGGAACUAUCUCUAGUAACAGAGACCUAAAAACUUCCCUGCACAGAACUAAUAACAUUGACUAAGCAGAAUUUAUAGGGAAGUUUAAAUUUUAAAAAAGUGCACGUGUGUUCAAAAAAUACUUCUGAAGCGAAUAGAUACAGUUGAUAGCACAUUAUUUUGUUGCUUAUGUAUGUUCUAUAGUAAAUCCAACUUUAAAUUUGUGCCAUUUAAUUACUAUUCUGAUCAGCAGAUUUUGUUUCCUAAUUAAACUGGAAGCUUGAUGCAGUUGCAUCACUUGGUCUUUUGAACUGGAAAUUUGAAGUCAAGAAAUGGAAACUUAAGGUCAACCUGAGCUAAACACAUCACUUACGACAAUAUUAAGAGUCUGACAGUCUCUUAGCUGCAGUACUUUCUCUGGUAGGAGUCCACAGGACUGCAUUGCUGUCUGUCCAGAGACCAGUUGUCCUUGUCAGUCAGCAGUAAGAUUCUGACUUAAUGGCCAUCUGUGAUCAAGAAUAAGGGUAACUUCAAAUACGGAAUAAUCCAGGUUUCCAUUUUUGAGUGUCUUCAUAUAAACAGAAUAAUUAAUUUAAAAUGGAAGAUUACAACUAAAUAGAAUUAGACAUACU